AUGAAAACUUUCUGUGCACUAAAUUAUUACAGGAAAUUUUUAAGAAAUGCUCAAAUACGAAGAUAUUGUAGUGCAGAAGAAAGAAAGGAUAAAACUAAAAAUAACAAAAUUUGCAAUAUUGGUAUUUUAGCUCAUAUCGAUGCAGGUAAAACAACGACGACCGAACGCAUGCUCUUCUACUCUGGCACCAUCAGAUCCAUGGGAGAGGUACACCACGGGAACACCGUCACAGAUUACAUGGAGCAAGAGAGACAGAGAGGAAUCACUAUCACAUCUGCCGCAGUAUCAUUUCCAUGGCAAGGUUAUCAGAUAAAUCUGAUAGACACACCUGGUCACAUUGACUUCACAAUGGAAGUGGAACAAAGCUUGGCCGUGCUGGACGGUGCCGUCGUUGUCUUAGAUGGAUCUGCUGGCGUCGAAGCCCAAACUCUAACAGUGUGGAGACAAGCCGACAACUACAAAGUGCCUCGUAUCAUGUACCUCAACAAGAUGGACAGAAGUGACGCAGACGUCGCAACUUGUGUGCGUUCUAUUGAAGAUAAGCUGCAAGUCACUCCGCUCAUGCUGCACUUGCCUGUGAGGCAUGAAGACAAGCUGAUAGGUUUAAUAGAUCUUAUAAGCUUAGAAGAAAUUAUCUGGACACAGGGUCGAGGCCAAAACUUCUCACGUCGUAAACUGACAGAAAAAUCAGACGGGAAAGUUUGGGAAACAUCACUAAACCAACACAGGAAAGUCAUUGAUACGCUCUCCUCCGUCGAUGAUCAGCUAGCGGAGACGAUAAUCCAGGAAGAGUCAUUAGAUAACUUAGACGUUAAAGAUAUUGCGAAAGCUAUCCGCAGAAGUACAAUCGCAAUGAAGGCCUUCCCUGUUCUCUGUGGGAGUUCUUACAAGAAUAUAGGAGUACAAACCCUUAUGGAUAGUGUGAUUUCCUACCUACCUUCGCCGCUCGAUGGAAAUUAUAUGUACAAUAGUUUUGAUACAGAUUUGUCAGCGAGAGUGUUUAAAGUUCAACACGAUGAUCAGAGGGGUGUGUUGACGUUCCUGAGGCUGUACAGCGGGCAAAUAAACAAGGGACAGAAGAUUUAUAACUUGGCUAGAGACCAAAGUGAACAGACAGGGUUACUGUACGUGGCGCUCGCUGACGAAUACCAACCCGUGGAGAAGGUCACGGCCGGAAAUAUAGCUGUCGUCAGUGCUCUCAAGGCUACAAUGUCCGGCGACCUGGUCACAUCGACCAAUGCAGCCGCAAACCGUGCCAAGGAGAGAUUGGUCUCGAAGCUCCAGGACCCAGCAGCUAUGGAAGACCUGGUACUGCCCAAUGCACGCCUCCGUCUCCAGGCCAUGGACGCAGACCCCACUCCUGCGGAGGUCGCCGAAGUUUUACUAGGGAUAGGUAACACAGUCCCGGAGCCCGUGUUCCUGUGCUCCAUCGAGCCCCCCAGCGCGGCGCUGCAGCCGGCGCUGGAGACCGCCCUGGCGGAGCUGGCGAGGGAGGACCCCAGCCUCAGGGUCUCCACUGACGACGACACGGGCCAGGUCGUGCUGGCCGGUAUGGGCGAACUGCACUUAGAAAUUAUAAAAGAACGUAUAAUACGCGAAUACAAAAUAGACGCAGAACUCGGUCCCCCCCAGAUAUCUUACAAGGAGACAUUGGUGGGUACGGCUCGGGAGACCUUAAUCGUGGACAGGAAGAUUGGUAACGCUAAACAGCAAGUGAAGGUCACCAUGUCAGCCAAGCAUUUGAAGGGAGUCACUUCGGAUAAAGUGCUCAAGUUCGACAAGUCAGCAGACAGCGCGGCCAACUUGUCCCACGCCCACCCGCGCCACAUACAAGCCGUCCGCCGCGGUCUGGCGUCGGCGCUCAUGCGGGGGCCCCGGCUCGCUUGCCCCCUGGUGGACGUGCAAGUGACUCUUCACUGGCUCGAAGUGUCGCGCGGGUCUGCGGACUCCACUGUUGCCGCCGCUGUAGCUCAAUGCCUCCGGAAGGUGUUCUCUCAAGCGGAGUCAGUGUUGCUGGAGCCGCUCAUGUCUCUAGAGCUGGUGGUGCCCGAGUCCCACUCGGCGCGUCUACUGGCAGAUUUGGCGAGGCGACGUGCCGAUGUGCAAGACAUACAUGUGCGGCAUGGGACCAAGGUAAUAAGGUGCUUGGCGCCGCUAUCCGAACUGCUGGGCUACUCCACCACCGUCAGGUCCCUGUCCUCAGGGCUGGCCACCUUCUCCAUGGAGUUCCACUCCAACCGGCAGAUGUCCCCCCGGGAUGAAGAGAAGGCUAUACGGAGUGUCACUGGCUUCUAAUGCAGCUUAGUGCUUUUAUGUGACUUUUAGUUCAAUUGACUCUAAGUGGAGUGUUGUUAAAUGUAAUGAUGAAUUUGUGUAUUAGGAAGACAAAAAGAACUCUGAUCAGGUAAAUUAAAUAAACCAGGUACUACACAUUCUAAUUUUGCGCUUGUGUUGUAGUAGUCUGACAUACGAACUAGACGUGAUCUUUACCCGCCUCUGGUUCGUAUCUACACCGUCUGUGAGUGUUUACUUACGUUAUUUCGCGAUGAGAAGUAUUCACAAAAAGUAAAUCAAUCUCUUGCGCUGCGUUUAUAUGGAAAUGGCGGAAAUAUAUGAGAACACGUGUGAAAUAUAUUAUUCCUUUUGUUUACUAUUUGACACUAGCAUAACGUUUUUAUAAACAAUCAAUGUAGUUAGCGCUAAUAAACAUAUUAUUUAAAAAGAACUAGGACUUUCUAUGAUCACUAACAAUAAGUUGCCAAUACAAAUGUUUAAACUGUAAAGGCUAAUGUAAAAACAACAGUCUUAAAUAGCUCUGUGUAAAUAAUGAAAAUAUUGUUAUUUAUUUAUUUUUGUAAAUUCUGUUAAAUAUAUGAAGUACAGCGAUAAAGUA